GCGGCCCCGGAAGGCGCGGGGCGGGUCCGGUUCUGGUUCCGGGGAUGGCGGCGGAGCGGGCGCUGGCAGCGGGCCCGAGCUGCGCCGCCGGCCCGCAGUGAGCGGCGGAGCGGGUGCGAUGAGCGGCCGGCGCUGAGCCUGCGGACAUGGACGCGGAGGCCACCAUCCCCAUCUGGCAGAACAAGCCCCAUGGCUCAGCUCGCAGCGUGGUCAGGAUGAUCGGCUCCAACCUGCCCCUGAAGCCCUGUCCCAGGGCCACCUUCGAGGUCCUGCCGAGUGUCUCAGAUCUGUACCUGGGGGAUGUGCCCCCCGUGCCCACCCUGGCUGACAUCGUGUGGAUCGCAGCGGACGACGAGGAGACCUACGCCAGGGUCAGAAGUGACACUCGCCCGCUGAAGCACAAGUGGAAGCCGAGUCCCUUCACGGUGAUCCAGAGGAACGCCUCGGUGCCCAACCUGAGGAAGCAGGAGGAGAAGCUGCUGGCCCUGAAGAAGCCUGGUUUGCCAGCCCUGAGCAGGACCACGGAGCUGCAGGAUGAGCUGAGCCACCUGCGGAGCCAGAUCGCCAAGAUCGUGGCUGCACAGUCAGCCUCGGCCCAGCUGACCCCGGAUCUGUUGUCUCCAGGGAGCUCCAAUGCCUCUUCUCCCGUUCAUUGCUUUGGACCCUCUUUCCAGUCCACCACGUCCUUUGUGAUCAGCGACAUCACGGAGGAGGAGGCGGAGCUGGAGAGCCCCGAGGCGCCCUCGGUGGCCGAGCUGCCGCCGCUGUGCUCCGCCCCCGAGGGCCGGCCCGAGCCCCGCGACCCCGACGAGGAGGACUCGGUGUCCCUCUCCAAGGCCAGCAGCUUUGCUGACAUGAUGGGAAUUCUCAAAGACAUUCAUAGGAUGAAGCAGAGCAAAGACUUGAGCCGCCCUUCCCUGAAGCAGGAGGACCCGGCCGUGCUCAUUGCAGAGGUGCUCAGGAGGAAGUUUGCCCUCAAGGAUGAAGAUCUGGCCCUGAAGGAGAAGUGAUGCUGCUGCCCUCAGCUCUGCCAGCAGUUUCUGCUCCCAAAAGCUCCUCCACUGUAGCUGCCUUCUCCCAAGGAUUGAGCCUUUUGCCUCUUUUAUUGAUCAUGGUUUGUGCACGGACACUUGGUCAGGAAAUUGGAUUUGAUGUGUUUGCCAUGUGUUGUUCUAUUUAAGAAAACCCUUUUUAAGAAGAUGGGAGCUGUUUCCCAGCUGUGUUUUGGUGUUGUGAGGGUCUCCUGGAGUGCUGCUGGAUGAAGUUCUGUGUUCCUGCACUUUUCCUUAGGCUCCAGUUCAGCACUGAGCUGCAAGGACAGAACCAGUUCCCCUGCCCAGUUUGAACAGGACGAGCCCCAGUUUUUAUCCUGAGUGUGGCACAGAGCUGAGAACGAGCUCCUGGGUGCUCCCAGCUCUCUGGGGCUGCUGGAUCAUGCUGGGAAAAGGGAUUUUAUUUCCCCAAACCCCCCUGGCUCGGGUCUGAGGGGUUUCCUGUGCCCUGGGUGUUCCUUCUCUCACAGAUCAGCCACAGUUGCAUGACAGAACGGCCUUAAUUUCCUGCCAGUAAUUUAAUGUCCCAUUAAAGUCCCUGUGCCCCCAGCCUGUGUUUUAUUUCAGCUCCCCAGGGUCUGUUUAUUGACCUGGCACCCCAAGCAGAGCAGGGCAGGGGCUUGGCCUGGCUGUGGCUGCAGCUCCCCCUCACUCAGAGCUCUCCCCCAGCUCCACCUUCCCUGCAGUGCCCCCAUGGCUGUAUUUAAAAUGUGACUUUUUUUUUUUCCUUUCUAUAAAAU